AUGGCACACGCGUAUAUACCCCAGCAGUAUCAUUUACCAACGUAUUUGCAGCAGUGGGUGCCUGGUAUAACGCCGUUGAGUACAUUAGAAGGGGUAGCAUCAGCGAUAGUAGCGUAUUUAGCGAUAAUAUUUGGUGGACGCGAACUGAUGCGUGGACGUGAGCCAUUCAAGUUGAAAAUAGCGUUUCAAUUGCAUAACACGGUGUUAUACGUGGGUAGUGGGGUAUUACUGGCUUUAAUGGCUGAGGAAGUGGUGCCGAUGAUCUACAAACAUGGCUUCUAUUACAGUAUCUGUAGUGAAGAAGCGUGGACAGAUAAGUUAGAGUUUUACUACAUAAUCAACUACUACUUCAAGUAUAUUGAAUUAAUAGACACGGUAUUCUUAGUGUUAAAGAAGAAGCCAUUGGCAUUCCUUCACGUAUUCCAUCACGCUGCUACAGCUGCUCUGUGUUACACCCAACUUGAAGGUAGAACAGCUGUUAGUUGGGUGGUUAUUUCACUCAAUUUGGCAGUUCACGUACUCAUGUACUACUACUACUACGCUACAGCUGGUGGUGCCAGAAUUUGGUGGAAAAAGUACCUCACUACAAUGCAAAUCACUCAAUUCAUUAUCGAUAUCUUCAUCGUUUACUUUGCAACUUAUCAACAUUACGGUUAUAGAUGGGGUUGGCCACACGUUGGUGAUUGUACUGGUAGUCGUUUCGCUGCUUUCUGUGGUUGUGGUUUACUCACCAGCUACCUCUUCCUCUUUAUCGCAUUUUACGUCAAAACUUACAAAUCUGUCGGUAGAAGGACGAGUGUUAAGAAGGCUGUUACUGAAGCUGGCACUGCACCAGUUCCAGUGUCAAAGUAG